AUGGCGAUGACCGUGCAAGGCUGGCUUGCUGGCCUUGCGUGUAUGUUCUCCACCAGCGUUCUCUUCCAAAUCCUGGUACGACCCUGCAGCAAUGGAGGGGUCUUCUUCUGCUCACAGUCGUCAACAAAAAUCCCCUCCAUUGUCAGCAAGAGGUACAGGACUGCCUACCACUUCCAGCCUCCCAAGAACUGGAUGAAUGAUCCAAGUGGACCAAUGUACUACAAUGACAUCUAUCAUGAGUUCUACCAGUAUAACCCCGAUGGCUCCAACAGUCCCAGUCUCUCCUAUAACAUAGUUUGGGGCCAUUCAGUUUCAACAGACCUCGUCAACUGGAUCGGUCUUGAACCCGUACUAGUACCGGAUACCCCAAGUGACAUAUGCGGUUGCUGGACCGGCUCAGCCACAAUUCUACCUGGUAAUCAACCAGCGAUCACAUACACUGGUCUCAUCAACAUGGAGAAGCAUCAGGUCCAAAACAUUGCGCUUCCCAAAAACCGGUCUGAUCCGUACCUCAGGGAAUGGACCAAAGCAGGCAAUAACCCAGUGAUCCAACCGGUCAUACCAGGCUUGAACUCGAGCCAGUUCAGGGAUCCGACAACUGGUUGGAUCGGACCAGAUGAACUAUGGAGAAUAGCAGUUGGUGCUGAUCUGAACGGCUCCAUUACUGCACUUUUGUACAAGAGUGAAGACUUCUUGAAUUGGACUAGUGUUGAACACCCGCUGUAUUCAUCCAAUUCCUUCGACAUGUGGGAGUGCCUGGAUUUCUUCGCGGUAUUGUCGGGAAGUAACGGUGGACUGGACAUGUCUUCAGCAAUCCCUAAUGGCGCCAAGCAUGUCCUCAAAAUGGGCAUGGAUUACAGCGACAAGUACAUGAUUGGGGUUUAUGAUCUCAAACGUGAUGUCUUUGUGCCAGAUACUGUCAUAGACGACUAUCGGCUGUGGCUGAGGAUCGAUUAUGGAAAUUUCUAUGCUUCAAAAUCGUUCUUUGACUCAAAACAGGGUAGGAGGAUCAUAUGGGCUUGGAGCAACGAGACAGAUGCUUCUUCAGAUGAUGUUGCAAAAGGCUGGGCAGGAAUCCAUUCAAUCCCUAGGACAAUUUGGUUAGACAGCGAUGGCAAGCGGUUGUUGCAAUGGCCAGUUGAAGAGAUUGAGUCCCUUCGAAGAAAUGAAAUCAACCAUCAGGGACUAGAGCUCAAGAAGGGAGAUCUAUUUGAGAUUAAGGGGAUUGACACUUUGCAGGCUGACGUCGAGAUAGAUUUUGAGCUGACAUCCAUCGAUGACGCCGAACCUUUUGAUCCUUCCUGGCUUUUAGACGCUCCGAAGCAGUGCCGGGAAGCUGAUGCAUCGGUUCAUGGUGGCAUAGGGCCAUUUGGACUUGUUAUCCUGGCCUCCGACAACAUGGAGGAGCAGACUGUUGUGCAUUUCAGAGUUUACAAAUCACAGGAAAAGUACAUGAUCCUCAUGUGCACUGACCUAAGAAGGUCUUCCCUGAGACCAGGACUGUACACACCAGCCUAUGGAGGCUUCUUUGAAUUUGACCUUGAAAAAGAAAGGAAGAUCUCUCUCAGAACUCUGAUUGAUCGGUCGGCGGUGGAGAGCUUCGGAGGUGGUGGCAGGGUCUGCAUAAUGGCUAGAGUUUAUCCGGUGGCGCUUGUCAAUGAUGAUGGCGGCCCUCACAUGUUUGCCUUUAACAAUGGAAGUGCCACGGUCAGAGUGCCUCAGCUCAGGGCAUGGAGCAUGAGGAGAGCGCAAGUGAGCGUUUAA